AUUAUACGGAAACAUGGCCGCAACAGCGGUGCCAGAUGAAAAGCCGCGCAGCCUGCUGCCGGGACCGGAGCUGUUGACACUGCCAGGACUCGACUAUCAACGUGCUAGCAUCACAUCGGCGGCGUUAAGUGAUGUGCCCAGUGAUGUGAUUAUCAAAUCCCGGAUCAGAUACGGCAGUCGUCUGUCCGCUUGCAAGGGUCUGCUGCUGGAGUACUCGAAGAGCACUACCAUCCAUGGCAUUCGCUACAUAUUCGAGGUGCAUCGACCCAUCUAUGAGAAAUUGUAUUGGCUGGUACUGAUCUGCACAUCGGUUUACUUUGCUGUGUCCCUGAUUUGGGCCACCUAUCUAAAGUGGCAGGACUCGCCAGUUAUACUGGGCUUUGAUGAGACGCUGGUGCCGGUGCACAUGAUACCAUUUCCCACCAUAACAAUUUGCCCGGAAAUCAAAAUGGAACGCAAUAUUUUCGACUAUGCGAAUGUCUCGGAAAGCAUAUGGCGGGACUUUAAGGAAAAUAAUGAAAUAUCCAGCAUCGAUGAGGAAGAUUUAGAGCGCUUGGCCGCCACGAUGCAUAUCUGUGACACUGAUGUGGCAGCCAAAUUUGCGCCGUUGAUAUCUAAGCUGAGGAGUUCCCUAACGCAGGACGUGACUGAAACACUGGUGGAUUUGAGUAUAUCGAAGAAUGCGACGGGUCCGUUUUGCAAAUGGAAUGGUCGCUUUUACUUCUGCAACAAGUUGUUUGACUUUGUGGCCACGGACGAGGGAAUUUGCUAUCAGUUCAAUGGACUGCGUCCCAAGGACAUUUAUCGCGAUGAGCGCUUUAUCAGCUACGUGGAUCCAGAUGUUGUUGAUUUUCAAAACUUCUUUGAUACGGAUUUGCCCAGACUCAAUAACAUUACCGGCAAUUGGUCAUUGGGCUCGGGCUUUGUGGAUCAGGGUCAGAAUUCGUAUCCGCAACGCACUGUGGUCUCCUCGGUGCGCAACGGUUUCUUUGCCUUUCUGCAGGGACUGGAGCACAAUUACGACUACGACUGUCGCAGCUUUAAGCAGGGCUACAAAGUGUUUCUCAACUCUCCGGAGAGUGUGCCGCUCACCUCGGGCAAUUAUAUACUGGUGCCCCAUGGCCAUGAAGUCAUGGUUAGCGUGCUGCCCAACUAUGUCGUGUCCACGGAUAAUUUACACGAAAUUAGCGCUGAAAAACGUCAGUGUUACUUCGAUGAUGAGCGUGCUCUGACCUUCUUCCGCAGCUAUUCGCAGAGUAAUUGCCAGACCGAGUGUCUCGCCAACUUUACCAUGUCGAAAUGUGGCUGCGUCAAGUUCUGGAUGCCCAAGCCACUGGAUGUGCCGGUGUGUGGUCUGGCCGAUAUUUCCUGCUAUACGGCCGCACAGGAUGAGCUAUAUACACUGCUGCAGAAUCAGACAAUACAGCAGAGCAUCGAUGUGAAUGCCAAGGUCAUGUGCAAUUGUAUGCCCGCCUGCACCUCGCUGGAGUACAACUUUGAGAUCUCGCGCGCCUUCUACAAUGUGGAGAAGACAAUAAAAGCCUUCCGGGAGGUCUACGAGCACACUGAUGCCAUUGGCUCUCGUCUAACCGUGUACUUCAAGGAGCAUCAGUUUACUGCCAUCAAGCGUACGAUUCUCUUUGGCGUAUCCACAUUGAUAUCCAAUUGUGGCGGCAUCUUUGGCUUGUUCAUGGGCAUCUCCAGUUUGAGCUUCAUUGAGCUGGUCUAUUUCUUCUCGAUGCGCAUCUGUGGCAGUUGCAGUCAGCGACGCAAGCGGAAGGCAAUGCGUCAAUUAUUGCCACCGGAUCAAAAGGAACCGGACGAAGUGACCCUUGAGCCGUAAGGCUUUGCCAAUCACACUUUGCCACUUAUCGAUGUUCAUAUAUGUAUGCACAAGAAUGCAAUUUUAUGAGGAAUUUUGAAUAACAAAAUGCAGUCACAUUUCCGAAAACAAGAAUUCAAAUCAUUAAAAAAUAACUGCAAAAGUAUAAUAAU